CUUGACUGCGUCCUCCUAAUACACAAAAUAAGCGUAGACAAAAGAGUUAUGCUCCGUUGUAAAGAUAUAUCCCGCUGACAACGAUCAACUACGAUGAACAAGACCCUGGAGUUAGGAUGGAGGAGAAAACAAGGAAAUGAAGCAACAAGCUGCCCAUUAUGUAACUAUAACGAAGAAAACUAGAACAGUUUCUGCUAUACUGUCCAAAACUACAAGACAUUAGAAACAUUACAAGACCCCUCCAAUAACCCUAUCACAUAAACAUACUAGAAAAGCUCUUAAUCUGAUAAAGAUAAUAUACAACAAGACUAUAAAAACAUCAUAGUAUCACUGGAAAAGAAGGAUCAGACAGAAACAGCAGCAAUAGUAGAAAAAUAAAUAAAAUAGGGGUGCCGUUGCAAAGGCAAUAUCCCACAAUACCAACUGAACUGAACUGAGCUCAUGGCCUGCCAUACUUGAUAGAACCGAAGCACCGAGCAGUGAGUUUCUCCCUUUACUUCAGUGCAUUGUAGGGACCUGGCAGCGUUCCUAGAGGUUAAAGGGCCGAGUGAGAAAAGGUUAAGGGCCCUUGAGUUACCUAGUAUCCCAGGAAACGAGGCCAGGCUGUCCAUUUCAGGUCACAGAGGAAAAGUACACAUUUAUCAAUCAAUCCCAAGGAAGGAUGACCAGCUGGGUGAACCUAGGAGCACUGGCUUAGCAGGGAAGAAUUGCUCUGGAGGAGGAUAAGUGCAGGGUGACAAUGGACAGUGAAGGUCAGGACACAGAAGGUAUCACUUUCAAGGCAUAGCUGAAGAUUGAUGCUGGAGGUUACAGGGAGACAGCAGCUGUUUGUUACCUGUUAUCUUAUAACACCUCCAGAGACGAGGAGGCUGACCACCAAAUGCUCCCAGAUACCCAGGAACAGGAAAAUGCUAAUGAAGAAGAGGAUCAUCCUUAAUAAACAACUGAGGUGUGUGCAUACUGAGGAGAGGAAGAGAGAAAAAUAUCAGAACUAGAGGAAAGAAUAAAGCAGUCCCAUGCAGACCAAAGAGCUAGAGAAGAAACAAGGGCAGUAAACAUAAGAUGGAACCCAAAAUACUUUCUUGGGUACUGUAAGCGCCACUCGAAAACUGAAUCUCAGAUUGACUCACUACAGGACACUGAUGGAAACUUGUCAAGAGAUCACAAGACAGUCUGCCAGCUACUGUUUCUCCAGUACAACCAGGUGUUCAAGCAGGACAAAACUGUACAUAAUCCAUGGACUUCACAGAGGAUGCACCACAGGACAAGCUGCAGCUAACAGACAUCACUGUCACUGAAGAGGACAUGGAGAGGGCCAUCAGUGAAAUAAAACCCAAUGCUGCAACAGGACCAGAUGGUGUGCCAGCAGUUGUUCUUAUCAAGUGCAGCUCAGCUCUAGCCCAACCCCUGUGUAUACUCUGGCGCUGCUCCAUGGAUGAAGGAGUUGGAACUACCAGCACAGCUGAAGAAGGCAACCAUGUGCCUUAUAUACAAGGUAGGAGACAAGAGCCUGCCAAACAACUACAGGCCAGUAACUAUCACCUCAUCAAAGUAUUUGAAAAGUGUGUUAGAGACAGGAUCACAGUGCACAUGGAGGAGCACCACCUACACAGCGACAAUCAGCAUGGCUUCAGGAAGGGAAGGUCCUACUUGUGUAAGCUCCUGGCACACUAUGUGUACUGCACAGUCUGGCUGAGGAUGAAAAUGUAGAUGUCAUGUUCCUAGACAUUACCAAAGCUUUUGACAGAGUGGAUCAUGGUAUACUACUACACAAGAUCAAGGCCCUUGGCAUAACAGACAAGCUGGGUGUCUGGAUCCACAACUUCCUCACAAGAUGCCAGCAAGCAGUUGCAGUGGAUGGGUGCAGAUUAGAGGAAGCAGAAGUAAUUAGCAGACUCCCACGGGAAUUAGUCCUGGCCCUCUUCUGUUCCUAGUGCACAUGCUUGACAUCAAUGAGGAAGUGACAGACUUACUCCUCACAUCAUUCAUUGGUGAUAUCAUUGUGAGCAGACCAUUGUGAGCCAAGAGUAUGACAGGCUGGGUGUUGAGGACCUUCACCAGCAGAGAGUCCAAAACACUGCUGACCCUGUGAAGGGCCCCAGUGCAGCCAGCUGUGGUCAUCCAACAGGAGGAGGCAGUGCAAAGGGCAUGAGAUGCAUCAACUUCUGGGACAGACUCUGGGAGCUGGGGUUAUACUCCUAGCAAUGACAGAGGGACAGUUACCAAGCCAUCUACACAUGGAGGGUCCUGGAGGGGUAGGUACCUGAUCCAACAGCUAGUGCACUACAGCCUACAGCACAGGGAGGGGAAGUCGCACCAGUGUGAGAUACAGAUGCAGCCUGCUAACCACACCACAGGUCCUGAGAAGAUCAGCAGGACCCUGGCUGACAGCCAGCCAGGUUGAGGUGAGAUCAGGGGCAUGUCUGGCAGGUCUGGCUGCCCAGUGGAGGGUUUCAAGGUAGGAUUGGCCUGGGGACAAGCCUCCUCUGCUGGGAUAAUGCACUUCCCUACGAUGCCAGGGGAGUAGCAGUGGCAGAUAGUGGCUGUCCACCUCAUUGCCACUAAGGCAGAGACCAAUAAUUAUCACAUGUAGGCUACACAUGUAACCUUAAGUGUAACUUGUCAUUUGUCAUUGAAGUGUAACGAUUAAGUGUAACAAUAACCAUUUGUCAUUUAAAGCCCCUUCCACAUGAGGGGCAAAUGCACUGCGGGCACUCGGAUUUGCCCGUAAUUCUCUUGCUUUUAAAGUAUUACCAAAUCAAACAGUCCAAUUAAAGCAGGCAGUAGGCACAGGCAAGUGAACAUGUGAUUUGAACCAGACAUUGGCUGGGCAGAAGGCAGUCAGAGCUGUGUCAGGCAAUGUUGGCCAAUGGGCCGAACUUGGUGUGUUCAGUACGACAACAUGGGACGUAAGAAUCAUCGCUGGACAGUUUAAAAGCUAAACGAUUAGCUUUGUGUACCAUAAUUAUUGCUUGCUUGCUGUGUGCAUGAAGAACUUGCUAUGAGCAUGAAGAAGCAGGAAGAAAAAGGACAGGAGACAGGAGAGAGAAGAAACAAUGGUGUAAAAGUGGUUGGAAAAUAAAACAUUGUGGUCUGGAAAGUCACGUGACACUUUACGUGCCCACAAAUACCCACAGAGUUCAUAGUAAUGGCUUGUAACAUUGUGUACACAGUGUGGUCCGUAGUCAGGCACCCUUCCAGUGCCUCAGCAAUGGGCACAGUGAUGGAUGGUUUGCCUGUGGUUUCCUUGUCUAUGAUGUCAUCCACACCACAAAAUUGGCAACUGUGUCUGCCCAUUGUGCAUUUGCUCCUUGUGUGGAAGGGGCUUAAGUGUAAUUAAUAAAAUAAUUCAGUGAAUUCAAAUUGAAGUGAUGAAAUGCAGAAUCAGAGCAGUUAGGUUUCAGUUUAAAAAAAAUACAUCUGUUGAUAAAUGAACAGACCAGAUUGAGUCUGGACUCCAAAGGUGUAUAAUCUGGUGUGGACUCCAAAGAUGUAUAGUCAGUCUGGACUCCAAAGAUGUAUAGGCAGUCUGGACUCCAAAGAUGUACAUGUCUGGACUCCAAAGAUGUAUAGGCAGUCUGGACUCCAAAGAUGUAUGUAUAAUCUGGUCUGGACUCCAAAGAUUUAUAGGCAUGUACAGCAAUUAAGGACCUAUGCAAGUAACAAAAGCCUACAUUUUGCAAAAAUGCAAAAAACAAAAUUCCUUUAUUUACCAUUAUCUGAUGUCACCACUAUGUCAGUUACUGUAUCAUGUUUUACUGCAUGUUGUAAGGUUUAUUUCAAGCCAAUACAUUUAGUGCCAUGACAGCAUGGCUGCUGUAGGUGUAUGAAGAUACAAAAAUUCUGCAGCACAGUUGGUUUAUUUCAAGCUAAUACAACUGUUUAGUGCCAUGACAUGGCUGCUGUAGGUUUGUGAAGAUACAAAUGUUAAUUACAAUACUAGGAAGUCUCUCCGGAGAAAGACCACAUGGUUUGUAAUAAUUACAAUACUAGGAAGACUAUCCAGAGAAUGAUCACAUGGUUUGUAAGGUAAGUUAUUUUAUAUAAAGAAAAAAAAAAAAAAAUCAACAAGACAUUCAUCUGAGUUGUGGAGUCUCCAGGACUUUGAACAUUGCAGCUUAUGUACCAGCAUCACAGCUAGCUAACACAGUCUUACUAGUUCCUUAUAUGAGGUACAAGUGAGUGGAGGACCAACAAAAUCCAAGGCUGAGGGAUGACUUCUCCCCUUCUUGAGCAGUGGCCUUAUACUCUAGAAGGCAUCAGAAUCUCUGAAGCAGAAAUGUGGUCUCCUUUUCCUUGCUUAAAAGCCUUUCUUCCAUUAGCACGGACAUCGUUGUUGGCAAGACAGCAUCUGUAACAAGUCAUACAAUCCUGAAAUUGUAUACACAAGUUACACAUAUUGGGAACAUCUGGAGACUUGCUGGUAAAUUACACUACACAUUGCUCCCCAAGUAAAUGUGACCGUUGUGAAUGUUAAUGCCCACAACUUAUGUACUUGCACGUGUCAAUCCCACUGCUACUGAUUUUACUUUAUGAUAUUGGACAUUUCAAUAACGAGGAUGCAGGGAAUCGCUAAAUUUAUGCAGUGAUACACGAAAUAGAAAUGUUGAAUGCAUUAGUAUUUAAAUUAGACGUGUACUACAAUAAAAUCCAUAUUUAAAUGUA